AUGGCCCUGGCCGGCCUUCUGGCAACCGCCAUGCCGCUGCCGGCGGACGCCAGCCAGUUCAAGCGCAUCCGCGACGUCAACGUAUCGUGCAACGAUGCACUGCGUUGCGACCUGUUCAUCACCAAUGCGCGCGUCACGCUGUUCACCGUCGGCUUCCGCCGGGCCGCGGCAUUCGAUGCGCCGGUCGCGCUUUACAUGACGAUGCGCGAGCCGCUGGCCGCCGGAUCGGACGUGCGCUUUUCGAUCGACGGCGCCGAGGUGCUGACGGUGCCUUCAGGCGCCUUUUCCUAUCGCGCCGCGAUCUCCGAAUAUUCCUAUGCCAACCAGGACGAGGUGCGCGCGCUGUUCGGGGCCACCAAGGCCGGCGAGCGGCUUCAGGUGACGUUCCGCACCCGCUCGGGCCAGUCGACCGCGCCCUAUUCGCUUUCGGGCGUCGUCGCCGGGGCGAUCUUCAUGGACGAGGUGCAGGGCCGGGUCGGCCGCGAGGACGCGCUGGCUGCGAUCGGCGCGGUGCCGGCGCCGGCCGACGAAGGCCAGAUGGCGGCGAUGGAUGCCGUGCCCGCCGGGUUGCGCCGCUAUUAUGAGGGUGAUGGCGCGCCAUGCGCGGAUUUCGACGGCACGGUGCCCGAUCCGCUGGGCGGCUUUUCCGCCGAUAUCGACGACGAGGUGCGGCUUGUCGGCCUGCGCUGCGGCUCGGGCGGGGCCUACAAUGCGCCGUUCGCCUUCUGGACCGAGAUCGACGGCACCUAUUACCGGCUGCCGCUGCCGGUGAUGACCGAUGACGGCCCCGGCGCGGUGAUGGUCGCCUGGAACGCGGUCUGGGAUGCCGAGGCGCGGCAGGUCACAUCCUUCUUCAAGGGACGCGGCAUUGGCGAUUGCGGCACCGUCACCGAUUGGAGCAUUGGCGAGGUGGGCUUUGGCUAUGGCUUCGUGCUCGCCGAAAUGCGCGUCAAGGACGAGUGCGACGGCGUCUUCGACGAGACGCUGGAAAGCUGGGAGCGGGUCUGGCCGGCGGCCGGCGUGGAGCGGAUCAAGGACACGCUGCGCUCGGGCAUCACGGCAUCGGGGCGCGCCGAGAGCGUUGCCGAGCAUUCCUGGCGGCUGUGCGUGACGAUCCUUUCCUUCGCCGAUCUGCUGCCGGCGGAGAUCGACCGGCUCAAACUGCUCAAGCUGGCCAUCAUUCACGAUCUGGGCGAGAUCUAUGAGGGCGAUGUGCCGGCGAUCCACCAGAAUGCGGACGAUGGGCGCGAUGCGCGCGAGCGGGCCGAUUUCCACAAGCUGACGGCCGUGCUGCCGGCCGCGCUGCGCGACGAGUUCCGCGCGCUCUACGACGAAUAUGCCGCCGCCGCGACGCCCGAGGCGGUGCUCGCCAAGGGGUUCGACAAGCUCGAGACGAUCCUGCAGCACACGCAAGGCGCCAACGCGCGCGGACGGAUGCCCAUCCGCUGCUCGCCGAAAUCCGGGCGCUGA